UGCCUAUGAUCCAACCACUUCCCCGCUCCACAACAUAAAAGAAGAAUCAAGCACUGAAUUCGUCUAUAAUCAAAAUCAUGUCGGUCCAAGACUUGCAAAAAAUAAUUUCGCCCAAAUUCACGCAACAAGUCAUUAAUGACAUAAUAAAGAAGAAAAGUGGUUUAAGUGACAUUUGUGUGAAAAAAAUCGAACUUGGAGCUUCCUCAAAAAAGGGCGAUUCCUAUUUGAGCAACAUUUGUAGAUUCACAAUCAAUGCCACUGGCAAAACCCAAGAGGGGCACCAAGAGUCCAUCUCAAUCCCCGUUAUUGUGAAAUACCUCCCAAAAAACAUCGCGCGGCGAAAAACCUAUCGAUCGACUGACUUUUUCGAAAACGAAAUAAUCUUCUAUGAGAAGAUCUUGAGCGCCUUCCAAAAAUUUCAAAAUGAGGCCAAAACUGCCGACAAAUUCGACAACAUUCCGCUGGUUUUGUCGACGUGUUGCGACGGCGAAAACGACUACGUCGCGAUGCAAGAUUUGAGUUUUGAGGGGUACACAAGUGCGGAGCGCGGCGCGGGUCUCGACUACCCCCAUACGGUGGCUAUUUUGCAAGUCUUGGCCCGCUUCCACGCCGUCAGUCUUGCCUUCAAAGACAAGAAGCCCCAAGAGUUUGAAAAGGCGGCAACGGCACUUAAAGAGACGUAUUUUUCCGAGAGGCUGCGCCCCUGGUACGCCAACUUCCAGAAGCGGGUUUUCGUUGUGAUAAGGGACGCGGUUGAGAAGGAGCUUCCAAAGGAGUAUUUACAAAAACUGGAUAAUGUGAUAAACAAGGAUUUGUACGGCUUGUUGGUCAAGUCUUGCCAGGUCAGGGGGCCCCUCUCGGUUGUCACGCAUGGCGACGUUUGGGUGCCCAAUUUCCUGAUUAAAUACGAGGGCCCCAAACUGGGGCACAUCAAAAUGAUUGAUUUCCAAUUGACCAGAUACACGACUCUGGUCACUGAUUUGGCAUUUUUUUUGUUUUCUUGUGUUGAUAUGACUCUGAUUGAGGACAAAUUUGACGAUUUUAUCAAAAUUUAUCACCAGAGCCUCAGUGAGAGUUUGGAAAAGUUUGGCUCAAGUCACAAUUUAGUGACUUUGGAGCAGAUAAAUAAGGAAUUUUUGGAGCACAGUAUUAUGGGUGUUGGUAUGUCUAUGGAGGCUCUCAUUAUGGCUCAAUUGGAUGAUGACGAUGUGAGUGACCUGGACGGUAUAAAGGGUGACCAAGCUGUUCCACUUGAGAGUGUUUGGCUGAUUUACCCAUUCAAGGAGCAGGAAAAGAGGCAAAGGAUCGCAAAAAUGGUCAAAUUCGCCGCCGAUCGAAACCUCAUCUAGGUUUUUGUGACCUAAAACCUAAUUUAAAGUUUUUUCUACAAAAUAAAGUUUUCACACACUU